CACCUGCACUCAUCCCACAAUGAAAGCUGCAUAUAUAAAUGACUCUCACAGUACAACUCACUUUAGUGCACUGCAUUUUAGACCUGUCAUCUGAGGUGAGUUUGGUCACAGCAACAUUUACCAAACAAUUAAAAUGUGUCAUCCUUUAUUAUUAUAUAUUUUUCUUUUUACAUUUAGGGAAACAGAUAUCCAUAAUGAGUCCUGAAGAGAAAGCUGCCACCAUAUUUAAUGCAACAUUUGUUCGCCCUGCAAAAUUCUAUAUCAGUGGAUUUUCUAACAUCCCUCAUGUUGAGUAUUACUAUGUAUUCCUGUGUUUUGUUUAUAUAAUGACUGUUCUUGGGAAUGUUCUUCUCCUCUCUGUUAUCUACCUGGUCGAGACUCUUCAUACUCCUAAAUACAUGAUUGUGUCCAACCUGGCUGUGACAGAUUUGUGUGGCAGCACUGCUCUUAUUCCAAAACUCUUAGACACAUUUUUGUUUGAUAAGAGGUACAUUGUCUAUGAGGCUUGCUUGAGUCAUAUGUUCUUUGUUUUAUUCUUUGGAAGUGUACAAUCAUGGACACUUGUCACUAUGGCAUAUGACAGAUUUAUAGCAAUUUGCUUUCCUUUAAGGUAUCAUAGUAUUGUGACUAAACCAGCUAUUACUGCAAUGCUGCUGUUUGUGUGGGUUUUUUUAUUGAGUCUCUGGGCAUUUAUUGUUGGGCUUUUUGAACGCCUGUCUUUCUGUAGAUCUUUGGUGAUAAAGAGCUUUUACUGUGAUCAUGGACCAGUAUAUCGUCUGGCCUGUAAUGACACUUCUUUAAAUAACAUAAUGGCAUAUUUUGCUUUCAUUAUAGUCCUCUGUAUUCCUCUUAUACUAAUAGGAAUCACAUAUGUUUGCAUCACCAUAGCACUGAGCAGGAUUGCAUCAGGAGAGGAGCGACUCAAAGCUUUGAAAACUUGUACUCCUCACCUGAUCCUUGUAGCUAUUCUCUUCCUACCAAUACUGGGCACCAACAUAGCUGCAGUGGCCUCCAACAUCCAUCCUAACGCCAGGAUCAUAAACUCAUCGUUGACGCACACAAUACCAGCUUUGCUUAAUCCUAUUGUGUACUCUUUAAAGACAGAAGAGGUGCUGAAUUCUUUGAAGAAACUUUUUAAAAAAAAUAGGCUUAGCAACACAACCUCAUCCAGAAAGGUGAACUCUUUGUCAUUGCUGUAUUGUCACAGUUGGUAG